ACUACGGCGUGUUAUGUUGCGUAUUCACAAGAGAAUCCACUGUCUAGUUCAUGAAUGUCAUUGUAAAUUGGCUAAAUGGCUUUGUGAAAAUUAUCGUAUAAUAAUAUUACCAGAAUUUCAUACUCAAAGAAUGAUCAGGCGUGGGCAACGACGUAUUUUAAGUGGCUCAGAUAUACAAAGAAAUGAGAAUUCAUCACGAGAUUUACCCCAAUGUUUAGAAA